CGGGCUCCGGCGCCGGCUUGUCGCUUCCUCUCGCGCGGCCCGGGGCGGCGGACGUGCGGGGAGAUGUCCGGCGGCCGGAGGAGGGGCAGUGCCCCGUGGCACAGCUUCUCCCGGUUCUUCGCUCCCCGCAGCCUUUCCCGGGACAAGAAAGAGGAAGAGGAGGAGAAGACGGGGCCGAGCCCGCCGUCCGCCCCGGGCCGGGCCGCUGCCAGUGUUGAAAAUCAACCCAUGAGCACAAGUCAGAAAAAGGAAAAUGUGCUUUCAUUAGAAGCAGUAAAGAGUCCCCAGUGUGAGGACAAAAAGAACCAGUCUGAGAAGCUCAUCUCUCUUUCAACACUGGAAGAUCCCAAAAAGCCAAAUGACCUUUCCAGUUCUACUUCAGAUAGCAAAGCAGGAGAAAGUGACAGACAACCAAAAGAAGGCUUUUUGCAUUUUCUUGGUAACCUUUUCAAUAUCUCAGGAAAGUCAUCUCUUGGUGAAGUGAAGCAGUCUUCUUUCAAAGAUGACCAUGGUAAAACUGAGCAAGAUUCACAGACUCCUUGUGACAGUCAUGUGGAAGAUAACAAAAGAGAGAAGGAGAUUUUCAGUGGCUCACUAGUAAUCCAAGGACUUCCAACAGAAGAACAAGAGCCCAACUCAGAUGAACUCUCAGAUGCCUUUUCUUUGGAUACAACACAAGACAGUGAACAGGAAACCACUGAUUUGCUGAAACAAAUUGGUGGUAAACCAGAGAGGCCUUCAGUAUCAUAUGCAACAUAUCAAGGGCCCAGACAAAUUAGGAAGUAUUUAAAGCAACAGAUCAUGUUGGAAACUGUGGACCCCUUAGACAGAGAAAAUGAAAGUUCUGAUUCUAGUACAAACACAUGCAUCGGCCCUAGAAGUGAAAUGGAGGCUGGGAUAAUACCAUUGUCAUCAGCUAGCACAGGCAUACCCAUGGAAGCCUGUUUGCUUGGAGACCCAUUAGAAGACUGUAAUUACAGCAAAAUAAAUCUCAACACAGAAAUCCAUCUGACGUAUGAUCCAGAACUGCAGAAUAUUGCCUCUCUUAAAGAUGUUUUAAAUAAAAAUGGUCCUGGGGGACCUGAGAGAAGUCAAUCAUCCUCUUCUGUGACUAACUCCAGCUAUGCUGUUAGCGAAUCUGCCUUACAGCAUCAUUUAAGUCACAUACCUGUUCCUCAGAGUGACAGAAAUUUGGUGUGUUCAGCAUCACUUAUAGGAAGUAAGAGUGGCAAAGUUUAUUGCAAUCCAGAAUUUCGAAGGAAAACUAAAACAGAAAAUAUUGUGAGAGAAAACUGCUCUGUGACAGAUGAUGGGACAUUGUUGCACAGAAACACGCACAUUGAGCCUCAGAAACCUGCUGUGUCUGAUUUCUCUUGUAGUAAAUUUGAUAAGAAUGACACUACCGGACUGGAAACUACAAAUUUGUCAAGUCGGAAUAAAUCAAUUAGGCAUGAAGAUCUUCAUUUGCCCGAGAGUGAGUGUUCUGAUAAGCAAACUUUAGAUAACUCAUCAGUGCAGGCUGUCACUGAUGCCAGCACUAUUGCUGUCCAGGGGCCUGCUGUAACAGACACAGAACUUGUAAAUGAAGGAAAGAAGUUACCUUCCCAAGGCUCACAUAAAAAUUUGGCCAUUACAGAAAUCAAGCAAGAAACAGAAAGUGUCUCAACUGGUGAAUCCACAGUAUCGAGUCAUAUAAAAACUCUAGAAGACAGAAUUGACUCAUUAACCAAAGAUAGUGACCAGUUGUUUGAAACAGAAGCCAAAAAUCUUGAUUUUGGGCCACAUGAUAAAUCUGCUUGUAUUAUAAAUCAAAAUGACCCUGCCUCUGAAAAAUUCAAGAGUGAAUCAUCAGUUGUAGCAUAUUUAGAAAAUAAAAUAGCACCUGAACUGAAUUUUGAAUGUAGUAGAAAUCACAGUUCUGAAUCUCCUCUUUACUCUAAGAGCUUUCAACAAGCCAAAGUGUCACCUGCUGAUAAAACAUCUCUUGGUCUUGACUGCAAAAAAUCAAAUUUUCAUACUUUAUCUUCCGCCUUUGUUUCUGGAAUUAACAGCCUGAGUAACCUGGAUCUCUCUGUUUUAAAGAGCGGAGGGUCUUCUGUGCCUGUUGGAACUGAAGAUGCCAACAUUUUUAUUUCCCAUCAGCUUAGUAAGUGUCCAAAGGAAAAUGUGGCAAAUAAUGUUGAAGUUUCAGACAGGAAGAGUCUUUCUCCUCCCUUUCACCUCAAAUAUGCAUCUAAAAUUCUUGAAUCCAAGGAAACUCUUCCGGAUAGGAAAAAAUUCCAGUUUCCUCCAGGUCCUGAAGCCUGUGGCACUCACUUAACUGGGGUGGACCCAUUGAACUUGGAGACUGGAAACCUCUCUAAAGUUCAUGGCAACAUUUCAUUUCCUUCAAACACUAAAGUGAGUGAGAAGAUGAUAGAGAAGACUGAUUCUCUUUCUUUGGAAACCAAAACUGAUAACAUUGCUAAAAUUUUAUCAAAAGCUGAUAUUGAUGAUCAGGACAGAGCUCCUUUUGUUUCACAGUAUGGAAGAGGAAAAUCUAUAUCCUUGUCAGACGUACCCGUUUCCCAGGUGGAGCCCAAAGACAUUUGUCAGCAUAAAGUUUCUUCUUCUCUGUUAGAAAUUACAGAUGAGCCAGCAAAAUCUCUUUUAUCAAAAUUAACUUCUCCAGAGUUUAAACAGGACAAAAAUUCUCAGUUGAUGGAGCAUAAGGAGAAACAUUCAAAUGCUGGUUCAGAUGCUGGUUUCGAAGAGAAUUGUCAGGCUGAGGUGUCUUCUGCUUCCAAACAUCAACAUAUACAAGAAACAGAGGGAGCUGCCUUAGGUGAUCCUACUCUUCUCAGAAAUAAUCUGCCUGAGGUUUUACAUCCUGUUCAGAAGGAGGAAGUCACUAGAAAUGUGGCACAAAAUUGUGAUGCCAGUCCUUGUGUCGUUCAUCACUCUUUCGCCAUUUGUGGAACUAAAAAGCGUUCUACUCUCUCAGAAAUGGCCGAACUUGGCUUAAAUAAAAUUGCUUCAGAGUUCCAAAGCACACAGGUAAAUUCACCUAUUCUGGAUUCUGAUAGCAAUUUGAAAAGUAAUAUGUUUACAUUUGAGGAUUCUGGCUUGCUUAAUGUAUCUUCUGACUUGGGAACACAAAGAAAAGCCUUAUCUUACAGGAAGGGAGAAAACAAUCAUUUUCUGAGUGGUAGGACUGAUAGUGCAUCUUCUCCCUCUCAUCAUUCUGAGGAAGUUAGCAUGGUUAUGAAUUCACAUAAUACUUCAAAAAACUUCAAUUCUGUGGAAGUUACCAUAGAUCUCAUAUGUGCAGGUGCCUCUAUAACUGAGUCACUGGACCCUAGUAGUUCUUAUUUGGAACUAGAGACUCCUAUCCCAACUGAGGAAGAAGUGACUGCAUUUCAGAAAAGUGUUGAGAUUCAUUCUAGUAGAGUACCUCCUGAUUUCCCAAACAUUGCUCAGUGUGACAGACCCCUGGAGUCAGGGGUGGAAGCAGUUGCUGGAGCCUCAGUGUCAGUUAACAGCUCCAGUCAGCAGUGUUCUGAAUCAUCUGCUGAGCACACAGAAGCAAGGAGAAGAGCACAUGACCAACUUUUGGACCUGAAAAGUGAUUUACUCAAAAAAGCUGAUACAGUUAUUGAGGAGGUUUUUCAUUCUGUCAGGGAAGAACUAAAGUCCAAACAAACAGUUGGUACUUGCGAGAAACAUAAAGCCAUAGAUGGUGUAAUGAAUCCAAGUACCCGAAAAAAAGACAUCCCUGAGAAAAACCCAUCAGAAGUGGCAUUAAGAGGAACCCAACAGAAACACUGUUUGAAAGAUCAGGGCGUGGAAAACAUGUCAGAAGAAGAAGAGAAGGACUAUGUUUCACCUACUGUUGGUGAGACAAGUCUCCUUUUUUAUUCUGAUAGAAUGAAUGUGCCUUGCUUGUUAGAAGAUCAAGCUAGAGAGUUAGUCAAUAAGGCUAUUUGUUCAGCCCAAGAAACUUUGAGAUUUGAUGGUUUUGAAGAUACUGACAAUACCUCAGAUUCUGAACUUCAGGCUAACCCUUCAAAAAUUCUGAAAAGUGAUAGUGUUAAACAACAUGAUAUAGUUAGGGAGUUCUUGGUAUCAAAAAAGGCAAUAAAUCAAAGCACAUGUGAAAUUAGUGAAAAUAAAAUAUUGAAUAGAUUCUUAUCUAUAAGUAACUUAGUUAAUGGCACAGAGUCAGCUAAAGGAAGAGAAAUUGUUCUUUACCAAAACUCCCCAAUUUCUGGAAAAGGAGCUGGACAAUCUGAUAGUAUAAAUUUGCAGAAAUCGGAUACUAUUUUAACAGCUGAAGAUAUGUCCAAUAAAGGGUUAGAUGAUAGGGUAAAAGCACAUUUAUUUCUCAGUAAGAACUAUAAGGAGACAACAGGACUAGAGGAUGUGGAUAAUCAAAAAAUUGGGACAGAUGAUAGAGGAACUCUUCUGUUAAAUUUCAGAUGGCCUUCAUGUGUGAAUGAUGAUGUCCAUGCACCCAGUACAUCUAAGAGCAGUUUGUCUGACAGUCUUGUAUGUAUAUCUGAAAAAAGCUUGCCAGGACAUAGUAAAAGCACACCCCUUGUACUGUCAGAAAUAGGGAAAGUACACAAGAAAGAUAAUGAAGUAAAUGUAGGAAAAAUUGACCAUGUACCUUCCAUGUUAGAAAUGGGAAAAACAAACAAAAGGGAUGCUGAAUUGAACAUUGUCAAGUAUGAGGUAGUUCUUCCUGUGUUAGAUACAGGAAAAGCAUGUAAAAGGAGAGCUGAAUUGAAUAUUACAAAAGUGGAGUCAGAAGCUCACAUUUUUAAAGUGGAAGAAGCAUACCAAAUGGAUGCUGAGCAAGAUCUGGAAAAACUGGAGGGAUUAUGUGUCACUUCAGAAAUGGAAAACGCUUACCAGAUGAAGAAUACCGAAAGGGAUAUUGUAAAGAGUGAUGUGACACCUGUUACAAUAGAAUUGGAAAAUAAUUACCAAAAGCAUGCUGAAGGAGAUGUUGGCAAGACUGCAGUAACAUCUGUUACAUCAGAAGUAGAAAAUACCUACAAAAAAGAUGCUGAGGGAAUUACUGAAAAGGCUGAAGUGAUAGCUGUUACAUCAGAAAUGGAAGACUAUCAAAAGGAUGAUGGAGGGAGUGUUGCAGAGACUGAGGUGACACCUAUUGGAUUAGAAAUGGAAAAUAUUUACCCAAAGAAUGCUGAGAGAGAUAUUGAAAACGCUGAAAUGACAACUAUUACUUUGGAUGUAGUAAGUACUCACCAGAAGGAUGCCAAGGGGGUUACCAGAGAGAGUGGGAGCCCAGUGUUGGAAAUGGGAGCUGCUUACCAAGAGUAUGCUGAAGAGGUUAUUAGGAAUAUUGCAGUGGUGCCUUUUCUAUUAGAUGUGAGAGAAACAUAUGAAAGGGCAUCACCCAUCUCUGUAGAGAUGGACAAAAGUUACAGGAGAGAUACUGAAGAAACUAAUGGAACAUUUGAGUCCAUGCCUUCUAAGGUGGGAAUAGAAAUGACAUCCCCAGAGGAUUCUGGUGAAAAUAUUGGGAAACAUGAAGUAUUACCCACAGUGGUAGACAUUGGGAAAACACAUGGAAUAGAACUGGAAUUGACCGUUACACAAGUGGAGGCCGUGCCUCCUGUGUUUGAAACUGAAAAGGUACCUCAAGAGUAUGCUGAAGGGAGUGUUGGAGAAAUAGAGGAAGAGCUCACUGAAAUAAAGGAAGGCUUGAUACUGCAUGCUGAUAGACUUGCAUCACACUUCAGAGGGUAUGAAUCCCCUACAUUAAGUAAGGAUUAUGAGGGCUAUCCUGCCUUAGCAAUGCCAGAUUUUCAGCCAGAAGAUACAGCAGGAAGGCUCCACAAAAUAAUGUCUGUUUCUGUAGUAUAUGACAAAAGGAGAGAGCAAGAUUGUAACGAUGAAAAAGAAGAAUCUAAUUUAGCCUUUGUUUCUCAGGAAGAACAAGAAAAUUCCUCUUUUACUAUAUUAUAUGAGGAGCCUCUUCAAGAUGAGAAGUGUGCUUCUGCAGAAGUAAGAGGAAUACGGCCUGUCUUGUUUCCUGAUAUGUCUUCUGAUAGCUUGCCUGUUGUAGCAUGUGAAAGGUCUGAGAGUAGAACUGACCUUGUCCAUCAUUUUGAAAAAGAUGUUAAAUUAAGUGAGACAUUUGAUGGUGAUAUUUCAGAAAUGUUCUUGUCAGUGGAGGCUAAAAGGUACAAAAUUUAUCCCUUGGCUCUGAGUCCCAUUUAUGAGGAUGAUAGCUCACAGGAGGAUAUUCUGUCCAGUGAGGUCUCACCUGGUCACCAUGGCUCCACAAAAUCAAGAGAAAGUACAAACCAGUCCUCUUCAGUCUUAUCACUUCUCCAGUCAGUAUCAGAGCGUUUAAAGAUGAAUUUUGAUGAAGAUGAUAGACAGGUGGCUGAAGAAGAAGAGGAGGAGGAAGAAACAUUGCCUGAAGGUCUCGGAGCUCAAAGGAGGGAGCGUGUUACCUUCCAUGUGCCAGACCCUUCCAUCACAUUUCACCCUGACCAUGAUGAGGACCAGGAAUGCACUGACAUUUCUAAGAACACAUAUGCAAGGUCGAGUGAACCCACGCAACCCACCACCUCCAAUCUGCAGAUUGGUCUGUGGCCAGAAAAGCCUUCAUUGCCUCAAAAAUCUGACCUUACUUCUAAACUGCAUUCUUCUUUAAAGAGUGUCUAUCGGCAGUAUUUGCAGACUUCUCAGACUUAUUCCUCAGAAAAAGGAGCCAAGUUUGGUGGGACUUUUCAGGAACCAAUCUCCAAAUAUUUCCGUGUUCAAGACAAUCCAGACAGAUUGAGCCCAUAUAUAGAGAAUGUUGACAAACAAACUCUGAGGUGUAACCCACGACCUGGGAAGAUGGUUAUCUAUGAUCUCCAUGGAAGUAAAUAUAAACAAGAGAUCUACCGUAAUGUUCCUGAUGCUACAGCAUGGGCUUUUCUGAAUGGAGUACUGAUAAAAGUUGUAAGGGGCUGCUGGAUUUUAUAUGAGAAACCACAUUUCCAAGGCCAGAAAUGUGUGUUAGAAGAAGGAGAAACGGUAUUAAAUCGUGACUGGAUUCUUCAUAACAGAAAGCACCCACAAAGAAACUUUGUAUUGGGUUCUAUCAAACGAGUCCUAAAGAAUUGCAGCCUUCCAGAGAUAGAGCUUCACCCACAGUCUGACCUGGCUUGUUGUCCUGUGUAUAUACAGAGAGCAGUUCCUGACCUGGAAGAACUGAACAUUUCCAAAUCUGUGUCCUUCACUGUGAAAUCAGGAGUUUGGCUUGCCUAUCCAGAUAUUAAUUUUAAGGGUCAAGCUACAGUUUUAGAGGAAGACCAUGGGCUCUUUGAGAUUUCUGCAGCAGAAAUGAAGUCAUUGCAUCCACUUCAAAUGGGUGGACUAAAAGUGGAAAUGCCUAUGAAUUUAAAGGUUAUUAUUUAUGAAAAGCCUCACUUCCAUGGACAGGCCAAAGAGUUUAAUGAACAUAUAGAUUCUGUCCCAAAAUUUUUAAAAAAUAAUGGGGACUUUCAUGGAAUUGGAUCAAUUCGUGUCAUUGGUGGAGUGUGGGUUGCCUAUGAAAAAGAACAUUUCAAAGGCCAGCAGUUCCUGCUUGAAGAAGGAGACUUUGAAGAUAGUAAUGACUGUGGGGCACUAAGUGGCCCCAUCUUGUCUUUCCGGUACUUACAAGCUAAUUUUAUAGAAUCUUCUAUCACACUGUUUGAAUCUGACGUAGAAAGUGGGAAGUUUAUUGACAUUUCAAAUCAGGAAAUUUCAGACUUAGAAGAAAUUGGCUUUGGUAGUGAAACAAGAUCCAUUCAUGUUAAAAAUGGAGUAUGGGUUGCCUACCAGCAGAAAUUCUUCUGUGGAGAACAGUACAUUUUAGAAAAAGGGAAAUACAAAUGCUUUUUUGACUGGGGAGGAUCAAAUAAUGUAAUCAUGUCAAUUCGACCUAUUCAACUGGAGCCACUUGGGAUAAAUGAGCCUCCACAUUUGGUCAAAGCAUUCAGUAAACCAGGGUUCCAAGGUGAAUGCGUAGAUUAUACAAAAGAAAUUUCUGAUUUGACAUCAUUCACCCCACGUUCUUUUAAAGUUCUUCGGGGUUGCUGGCUCCUCUGUUACCAAGAGGACAUUUUCUACAGUCAGUGUGUGUUAGAAGAAGGCCUCUAUGCAGACCUUACUUCCUGUGGCUGCCCAACGUCUAGAGUUAUAUCCCUUAAGCCUAUUGACUAUGUUUUUGAAGAGCCUUCCAUCAGCCUCUUUGCUCUGGAACAUUGUGAGGGAAGAGAGUUACAUCUGGAGGAUGCUGUAAACUCGGUUUUGAACAAGGACCUACAUUUUUAUACCCAGUCUGUGUGGGUGAAAAGUGGACUAUGGAUAGCUUAUGAAGGAUCCAAUUUCUUGGGAAGACAAAUCCUACUUGAGCCUAAUGAGAUCCCAAAUUGGACAGCAUUCAGUGGCUGGAAAACAAUUGGUUCUCUUCGUCCCAUGAAGCAGCCUGCAGUGUAUAUCAGAAUAAAGAACCGAGCCCAGAAUGAGUACCUGACAGUCACUGGAAAUCCAGCUGACACAAGGGCAGUGUCUGUAUGCAUCUCUCCCUACAGUGGAAAGAACACUCAGAUCUGGCACUACUGUCGGGGACUCUUUAAAUCUAAGGCCAGUGAUACAUGUCUUGAUGUGAUUGGCGGUCGGGACACACCUGGUGCCAAGGUGGCCCUACGGACUGAACAUGGACAGUCCAGGCAGAAGUGGAGACUCAAUAAAAACGGAACUAUCAGCUCUUAUCUCAGUGAUCAGCUUGUCCUUGACGUUAAAGGAGGAAAUUAUUAUGACAAGACGCAUGUAAUUGUAAAUCAGACCCUGGAAGGACAGGAAACACAGAAAUGGGACAUUGAAAUACUGUGAGAAAAUCAGCACCCUUAGAAGGAGCAAAAGAACCUCAGCCUCCCUCAUUGUCUUAGGCAUUUGGAAAAGAAGCUACUGUGUCCUCACCUGCUGGAACCCUAAGCAGAAUGAAUUUUUUCCCCAAUCUCCAAUACUAUUGCUCUUCAACCACUGAAAAGUUCAAAAUGACUCUUGCCAAUUAAGAAUUCCUAUGAAGCAAAUAUUAUUUCUAAAAAAGGUUUUAUUCAGAUGGAUCCCAGUAGUGGUGAGCAAGUGUCCUGAAUUCUAUAUUUUCUCUCCUACCCACCAAACAUGAAUCCUGUAUCUGAUGACUCUUUACAGGACAGGGGUGACACUAUCACCUGUAUUGGUUAUCAGUACCUUCAUGCUGGUUACUUCUACGAGUGUACAGGGAAACAAACUCUCCUAAGUCAUCAUUCUGUUACAAAGAUUAAUAAUUUUUAAUAUCUGAAAACAUUUAAUAAGCCUGUUAAGCUGCUGUUGUAUUAAGUAAGCCUUCAAGUUUCUAUACUGAAGCUUUUAUAACUGAAGCAUCCCAUAAGUACUUAAACAGUACUUUUAACUGACUCUAGAGAGGGACUGCUGCAAUAUCAGGAGUAUUUUAUGUGGCCAUUCUUCACUCAAAACAAACAAACAAAAAACAUAUAAAUAAACCUACAGUGCCAACUUCUAAAGUUACAAUCUAAUGUUAACAAAGAUACCCCUCUAGGCAGCUAGACCCUUAACAGUAGCUCCUAUCCUGGUGCUAAGACCUUGUCCUAGAUUUUGCCUGAUUCGCCCUUAAGGCAAAGUGUUUAGAAAGACGGUGUUAUGUAAGAAUAGUCAGAUUUUUUUUUUUUUUUUUGGUCUGGAGAAGUAAAAGGAAAUGCCAAACACGCAAAUUAAAACAAAGUAGUUUGAGCUUUGACCUUAACGUCUUACCCUUAGAGUAAAGGUGCAAUGAUUUCUGUACUUAAGGACACAAAAUUCAGUUUCCAUUCUCAUUUUUUAGAACUCACAUUGAAACAAAAUCAGGUAGGAAAUCAUCUCUGACUUGGUAAUCUAAAUACUACCUUGAAUAGCACAAUUUACAAGUAUUUUUCCCUCGAGUUGUAUUUAAACUUACCUUGAGACAGCUGUUCCUUUCAUCCACCUAUUUUUGCCAGAAGGCAGGAAAAUGUUCUAUUUUUAUAUAGAAAAAUUAAAAUAUCCAGUGAUAUUUUAAAAUCAACCUUUAUGCACUUUAGAAUAUAAAAUAACAGUGAAUAGUUUAAACUCAAAGAGGCCACUAGUUUGAGUAUUUUUAUAGGCUUGGUAUUUUCAUGUAAAUACUGGUUGUCUCCCUCCUCACCCUUUCAAUCUCAGGCUCUUUACCUUUUAAGCAGCAUCUGAAACUCCCUUACAUCCCCAGAUGUUGAAUGCCUCCCCUCAAGCAUGUGGUGGUAUUAAAUGAAACUCAUGUUACAUGGAAAACUAUUUUACUGGGGGGCUUGCAUAUACAUAAAAGGUAUGUAUAUUAUCAUUGUGAAAAACCAACUUAAAAAAUUGUUCACAAGUUUUCGAGAGCCAAAGAAGCUCUAUAAAGAAGUUGUUAGUCCAAAGAACAAAGACAAAGCCAGGUUGAUGACAUUCAAUUCUACAAGCCACAUUUAUUGGAGUUGUGCCUAUUCUACCACACUGGACUAAAUAAACUUUCAGAAGCAUGGUUUGGUCACA